CGCCCGGUGCUGGAAGUACAUAUACACGGUGUGCGCCCGUUUCCGGUCGCCCGGUCGCUCUCGCUGGUCGUUUUGUGUGUGUUUGUGUGUGCGCGCAUUUGGCGACGUGUGAAACCCUGAUACUGAAAACCAACGAAACGCAUUGAACAGGUUGACGUGUGGUGUGGUGUGACGUACUGCCAGGAUUAGCAGUCCCAACAGAGGCCGCCUCUCCAUCACGAUGAGGUUAACCUGUCGGAGUUUGUGGUUGAGGUUUGGUUGAAGAUUAGCUGUAACCACCUUGGUGACUUACUAAUCGCAUAAAGUGUUCGUGUAUUUGUUUGUGAUGUGUGAGUGUGCACCACGAUGAAUAAUGGAAAUGGAGUGAACGAGUUUGUGUGGUGCGUGUGUAGCUGAUGAAAUCUGCUUUGCCUUGCGGGAGAUAAAUAAAUGUCAAAUGUGACAGGUGCGAUCGAUCGCAACUGUCAAAUGCAAGCGUGUGCGGUCAUAGCAAUUAGUGAGUGCGUCGGAAGGAGAGCUCUCGUAGUAAGCGAGUGAAAAAAUCCCACCCACCCCCCCCACCCGUGGGCACUAGUGCCCGGUUUGGUGAACCGAUGUGCGAGCGAUAAUCCUUUCCCGCGUUUCCCGGGUGAAGAAGAAGGGUGGUAGUGAUGAUUUGAUGAUGGUGUCAAGCAGUCAAAUGGUUUGAAGAGAUUUGCACCAACGCACUAACGCUGCUACAGGAGCAGGUUCGGAAGUUCGCGGGCAAGGUUUGCGAGAAGGUUUAAGACCGAGUGAGGUUAAUUGAGAGGAAAACAGAAAGAAAGAAACAGCAAAUCCGCCAACUAUCGCCAGUUGCCUUAGUGCGCGAAUCCACAGUUCCCCGGCUGUCGGAUUAGUUCCCGUGGAUUGGCAUUGGUUUGAGCGGAAAAGUGAAGCAGGGCGGCAGCUAGCCGUGGUAGUAGUAAUCGAUUCGUGGCUCAGAACAAUAGCCAAUCCGAGCAGGAUGUGUUGCCGGUACGUUGCGUGAACCAUACAACGGGGAAGCCCAGGAAGGAGGGAAAAAAAGGAAAAGCAAAAGCAAGAAGCGAUUUCGUCCGACGACUGUCGAUUCCAGCUGUCUGGCUGCGUUGCCGAAGGAAAUUUAUAGCCGAUUGUGCAGCGAAUAAAGUGAACCGGCGGGACGGCAAUCCCACGUUUGAACAUCGACAUCGAAGCGUGACGGUUUCGGUGUGCGAGCCCAGCACCAAACACACCAGCGCUCGCGUUGCCUUCAUGUCCGGCAAUGAAUCCGGUGCGAAGCAAUCUGCAUAGCCGCUAUUACUACAUCGCACCAGAACAGUUGGGCGCUACCCACGUCCCACCGAUGUCCGUUCGUGGCCCGUUCGUCCGUCGUUGCGGUUCGGCCAGUGCAUCGGGCUCGGUCUGAGGUCGGGUGUACCGACUUUCCCCGCGGCAACCAUUAACGGUGGAGCGACGGCCGAGGGGCGGAGGCGCAGGCUCGCCUCGGAGCCGGGCAGAUCAAAGGUACAGUCGCUCCGGGCGGCCAAAAUGGCGAAGCACCAUCGCAUCCCGACGCUGGCGGAAAACAUCAACCGGUCGCCGCGGCUAAGCUACCUCGCCUCCCACUCGCAGUCCGCCUCGUUCAUGAGCGAGGGCGGCGAAAUCACGGAGCUGAUGGCGCUGGACGAGUCGGAAAAUCUGCUGCACGAUCGGACCGCCUCGGUGCAGGUGAUCAGUGGCAGCGGUGGCGCGCUCUGCGGCAGUUAUGGCAGCAGCUACGCUAGCGGAACGCUUGCGGGGCCACUUACGCCGGGCGGACGGAUGCUGGUGGGUGGUAACGUCGUGGCGGUGGCGGCGGCCACUGCAAUCAACGGGGGCGGUGGUGUGAAUGCCGGCGGCAUCAGCCCGGGUGUGGGCAGCUUCGGCGAGGGCAGCGAGCGGUUGGAGGAGCUCGGCAUCCCUUUCAACGAGCAGCUGAUGUACGGUGCGGUCGGCGGUAAGCUGCUAACGGGCUCGCCGACGGUGACGAUCCUGGAGAUGGCGGGCGGCGGUGGACAUGCGGCACUGAGGCAGAAAAACUUUAAGCGCAAGUCGACGGCAACCGCUGCGAUGGUGGCGUCGGGUGAGCAGACGUCCUUGAAUGCGAUCGGGCUGCAACUAUCGGUGGACCGGGGUGGACCGCAGGAGUGGGGCGAAGCGACCCGCAGCUACGUUAAAGCCCAGCGGCGUCAUGCCGGACGAGCGACCUUCCAGGGCCAGGUGUACAACUUCCUCGAGCGUCCGGCCGGCUACAAGUGCAUUGUGUAUCACAUCUCUGUGUUCUGGAUGGCAAUGGCGAACGAGAAAAGUGGGAAUCAUUAGAAGCGUGUGUCUCGGUGUGUUCUCGCCCAACCACA